CCGAAUCGACCAAGUAAAUGUGAGAAAACUGCAACUACAACUCAUAAACCCAACAGACCCUUCGAAGAUCAUCGUUCUCAUUUCUGAAUUUUGAUUGAUCUCAUCUCGAAACUGACUGGAUCUUCUACUACUAUGGCUACCAAUGGGGCAUCUUCUCUGAGAGAUGGAGAUGGGGGUACCGAAGCCAGUUUGGAUAAGAUUAAACGACAAUUGGCAUCUGGGUCGGGUAGAAACCUCUUGCAGGGUCCUCUUCUCAAGAGAUCUGAAACGUUGAGGAAAUGGAACGAGAGAUGGGUGAUCUUAGACCCAACAACAGGAAAAAUGGAAUACAAAAUCAGGAGAAAUGAUCCAAAUAUCAAAGGAACGAUCACCUUUGAUUCAAAUAGUACAAUCAUGACAUCACCCUAUAAUUUCCAUGGACUACCGAAGUAUGAUAACUGCAUUAUUUAUAUUGCAACACCACAGAAAAAAGAAUAUUUUCUCUGUGCAGAGACUCCAGGUGCGGCUAGAGCUUGGGUGGAGACAUUGCAUGCAACACAGUUGGUAUUAAGGGCUCACAAAGAAGCUGUGAACUCGUUAGCUGGAAAUAGUUCUACAAAACUAGGGACAGUAUCUGCUGUUGUUGCUGCUGCAAAUUCAACUGCCCUGAAAUCGUCCAAAGAAAUUGAAGCUGCACUGCAGAUUGCUAGGAGGAAUGCUUUGGAAUCAGUGAUGAACAAAACACUCGAUGGCCCCAUGGAUGAUUUGACAAUCAUGAAGGAGACACUACGAGUAAAAGACGAAGAGCUGCAAAAUUUAGCCAGGGAUAUUCGUGCUAGGGAUUCAACAAUAAAAGAGAUAGCAGAGAAGCUAACUGAGACAGCUGAAGCAGCAGAAGGUGCAGCAUCUGCAGCUCAUACGAUGGAUGAGCAAAGGAGAAUUGCUAGUUCAGAAGUCGAGCGCUUAAAGAAAGAGUUGGAAAAACAAGCAAUGUCUUACAGUUUGAAGCUAAGAGAUUCUGAAGAAAAGGUCAUGGUUUUGACUAAAGAAAGAGAACAACUUAUCAAGCAACGAGACUCUUCUCAUCAGGAGGCACUUUUAUGGCGUUCUGAGCUUGCAAAGGCUAGGGAACGUGUAGUCAUUUUAGAAGGAGCAGUUGUCAGGGCUGAGGAGAAGGUUAGAGUUAAGGAGGCAGAGGCUGAAGCUGUAAUAAAAGAGGCAACAGAGAAAGAGAGUGCUGCUAGAGAUCAGAAUCAAGAGCUUUUGGCAUACAUUAAUAUGUUACAAUUACAACUUAAGAGCAGGCAGCAGGAGAAUACUAAGGAAGUCCUCGAGGAGAGAGGGGAGUCUUGCUCAGAUGGCGAUACACAGCCCCUAACAAAACAUGUACAUCCAUCCGAAGAGAACGUGGAUAAAGCAUGCCUUAGCGUCUCAAGGAAUAUUCCAGUGUCAGAAAGAAGUUUAGUUCACCCAGCACCAGCAGUGGACCAAACCCGUAUCCGUCCAAUUGGUGACGGUGAAUGGAAUGAUAUAGAGGCAACAGAAGCAAGAAUAGCCGAUGUGAGGGAAAUCGCCACGGAUACUGAAGGAAACAGCUUGGAUAUUCCCGUAUUUCUGCAGACAAAUGAUACUCAGCAGCAGGAAGGAAGUGCAUACCAUCCUCAUGUUCCCACAUUUAGACAACCAGAUGAUACGCAACCAGAACAAACAUCGGAUUCCUACCAUCAGCCGUAGACGUAGCAAUGGCAACGCUCGGUGAAGAAAGAACGUCUUUUCUUUGUUACCUGUUUCGGUUAUAGAGUGAAUGAAUUGUGAAAAAUGACCUAUAGAGUGAAUUGUGAAAGCUUAUAUUUGCUGACUUGAGGCUUCUGAAUGGACUGCUUUUUCUCUACAGCAUUGGGCUUCACCAGUUUAUAUAUGGUUUGGUUUUAACA